GAGAUGGACUCGCACUGCGACUGUGCCGAGCCUCCGGCCGCUGAGCAGCCGUCGGGGAGGAUUAACAAAACCGCCUUCAAACUGUUCAAGAGGAGGAAAUCCGGGGGCACCAUGCCGAGCAUCUUCGGGGUGAGGAGCAAAGGCGGGGAGGGGAAGGGCGCCAGCAAAACGGGGAUGGUGCGGAGCCGGACACACGACGGCUUGGCCGACGCCGUGCUGGAGAGCAGCAAGAAGGAGGAACCGGCCGGCGGCGACCCGCAGAGCAAGGAAGCGCAGGGCCGGCCCGCCGGCAGCCUCGGCGUCUCUGCCGGCAGCUCGGUGGCCAAGUCGCACAGCUUCUUCUCCCUGCUGAGGAAGAACGGCAGGCCGGAGAACGGCAGAGCGGAGAGCGCGGAUCAGCGGGCUGGCGGCAGACAAAAGAAGGGGCUGAAAGGGAUCUUCAGCAGCAUGCGAUGGCACAAAAAAGACAAAAACGGCAAGGAGGAGAGGGGGGAAACCUCGGAGAUCCCGUCCGGUCUGAUUAUGCCAGGGUCUCUGACUGCCAGCCUGGAGUGCAUCAAGGAGGAGACGCCGAAGCCUUUGUCUGAAGCGCCGAGCAGCGCAGCCGACGUCGGGCUGGAGACACCGCGGGAGAAGCGCAGCGGCGAGGCGCACACCUCGGCCCAGGAGCCCGAAGCGGGAAGUGGGGAGACGCAGAACGGCGUCCCCCCUCCCGGGGAGGACCUUGCCGCGGCUGGAAGGCGACCCGAGGAGCUCCGCAGCGAGCCACCGGACCAGGGCGCCGGAGAGGUUGGGACUGCGAAGGAUUCGGCCAUAACAGGUGACAUUCCAAUAACGACUAUUCCCCCUGUUGAACCUCACUGUGAUAGCGGUCAAGAGACGGCAGCCGCCCCUGACCCUUCCUCUGUUGAUCCACCCUCAGAGCAAUCGAUUGAUCGUAUUUGUUUGAUGUUUGCUGACGUGACUUCACUGAAAAGCUUUGACUCUCUUACAGGCUGCGGAGAUAUUAUUGCGGACCAUGAGGAGGAUGUGGGCGGCGGGAGUGGCAGCUGCGAGAAGAGCACCCCCGGGGCCAGCAAGCUGGGGGCAUCCAAGAAGCGCCCCACCAUGGUGGCCUACCAGGGAGGAGGGGAGGAGAUGGCCAGUCCGGACCAGGUGGAUGACACAUACCUGCAGGAGUUCUGGGAUAUGCUGUCACAGACAGAGGAGACCCAGACAGAAGGAGGAGGAGGUGGAGAAGGGUCAAAGAAACCUGGGGGGUUGAAAGAGAACCGAGGUACUGAGGGUGCCCAGAACAGGGUGGUGGUGAAACGUGGUGGCCUCCACCAGAUUCCCAUUCACCUCAACCACAGAGAGGAGCAGAAGGGUAGGGAGAAGGAGCAGCCUGAAGGUGUGCCAAACAGUGACGAGGGCUACUGGGAUUCCACCACCCCUGGUCCCGAAGAAGAUGGUUCCACAAGCAUCCAGAAGGAGACCAUUCCCAGGGACAGCUACAGUGGGGAUGCUCUCUAUGACCUCUAUGCUGAGCCAGAUGAGAACCCACCAGCAGGGCCUACGGAUGAAGUGGUGACCUGUGUGCCACGGUCCAAGCCUGUGUCUCCAGUAACAACCACAUGCUCUCUGAAAACACCCUCAAGCACAGUGAAGGACUCCAAAAUACCUAUCAGCAUUAAACACCUUUCGUCACAUCCUGCCAGCCACGGAGCAGAUGCAAGUAACAGCCAUCACAUUGCACACCAUCACCUGGCCAAAAGCGAGAUGCACAGAACAAAAAUCCCAGUCUCCAAAGUACUGGUACGCCGGGUCAGUAACAGGGGCUUAGCAGGGACAACAGUGAAAACUACCACAUACCAGGACAGUGCCAAAAAGUAG